AUGGCUGGGUCCCGUAGGAGUCCGGUGUUGAGAGAGCAGUGGAGAACCACCGGCGACACUAGAGACCAGAGAGAUCGGGAACGGCACAGACCUCGAGGUUCACACCGCGACAGGGGAGGAAAGCACGGAAAUCGUGACAGAGACCGCCGUCGUCGACCUAAGGACGGUAGACCAGGUCCUCCAUUUCGGUCGCCGCCACCACGCUCGUUUCCUCACCCCGACGACGACGAGCGUCGCCCCCCUCGUGAUUUUUCUCCUGGUGCCGCUUCCGCUCGUGGCUCCCCUGGUCCCUCUCACUCCGAAAUAAAACACGGCCAAAAACCAGCCUUUCAUCGUUCGCCUCACCAGGCUGAGUUCCCAGACCUGGAUCCCAUCCGCCCUCGGGAGGCCGAGAGACCGACCGAAAGAGAUUGUCGAAGAGAGGACUCGCCCUCGGCACCGCCUCCAAAACGCAAGAGAACUCGAAGCCCGUCCCCAGGUGGCCCUCCUCGUCAUCCCAGCCACCCGUCGCAUCGCUAUCCCGGUGACGACUUUGACCGAGGCUUCCCAUUCAAGAAGCGUGGACGUUUCCCGGGUCGCGGUAGAUCUGGUCGAAGAUCUCCACGACGGGGUAGAGAGCGGCGUAAAAACGAAGGUGGACGACGGCCCUCCUCCCCUCGUCCCAGACGCUCUAAGUCCCCCGUUCGUGGAGGCAAGUCUUUCAAUCCCCGCCGGCGUUUCCAUAGUCCUCGUCCUGAAGACGACGUCGAGGAAGAGUCUCGAUAUCGAUCCGUAUCGCGCCAUUCCGUUCAGUCCGGCGAUUCGAGAUUUUCUUACGGUUCUCGACGCGACUCCGUCACCAUGAACCCAAGCAGACCGGCCCGUUCAAUGACGGGCGAUUCUUUCCGGUCUCCUUCCCCAUCUCGCCCGGUUCCAAGCUUUAAUGCUGAUUAUGCUCCUGCUCCCGCGGAGGGCGAUACAUCGCGUGGAUCGCACGGAAGGCGGCCAUCAGAUGCACAGGGCGGCCAGAAUUCCCGCCCAUCUAGACCACAUGCUGACUCGAGACAAUACUCGGCGUCGCCGCAGUAUGUGACGCCUACCACCUCAUAUCACGGUUCUCCCCAACCCACAUCCCCCUACUCUGCCGGUCGGGGUGGCUGGAAUGGUCCGCAGCGUUCAUACCAUGGGCAGCCAGGUCAUACAUCACCGUACAGAUACGCCCCGACUGGUCCCCAAAGCCAGUAUCAUCAAAAUUCCAACUCGUACAAUUCUGGCCCGUCCUACCGUGGAGGAUACCGUGGUAACCAUCACAACCACGCUGGCGACCGUCGAUUUUCCGGGGCUGGUCAUUCAAAUUACGGAAAUGGUCCUUCCCCACGUGGUCGGGGCCAUUUUGGGAGCUUUUCACGAGGCGGUUCAAAUGCUAGGGGUCGAGGAUCCUCUCAUAGCCCUCGUGCGGCGUAUGGCCCGCCAUCACAAAGUCCACCUCCUCCCCCUCCAUCAGAUGGUCAAACUCCCAGGGACACGAACGAGACCAGUAAUGUAUUUGAGCCUUCAAGGAAUAAUAUGCAGCCAGAAAAUGAAAACUCGAACAACGUUUCCGAGACCGGUGAUGCGCAGCCGCCACCCCCCAUUACACAUCCUACGGACACCACAACGCCGAGCAAAGGAGGCAAGAUCAGCUUUGCGUUCAAAGCAAAGACUACACAAGCACCAGCUCCCAAACCAGUCCCUGACCUGGCUCAGAGAAUGCUCGCACGAGAGCCUCCCCCUCGAGCUGCUGAACCACCUCCGCCUCGCAAUCGAAUGUCCGCUGCUCCUCCGCCGAGGUUCAAGCCGGAAUCGAGAUUUGACCGCCGUGAUCGGGACCGGGACCGCCAUCGCGAAAGAGACCGAGAUAGGGGUAGGCCGGAUCGACGAGAGUAUCGCGAACCUCGCGGCUUCCGUGAACCUCGAGAUGGGCGUGACAACCGGAGGGAUGAUCGUCGUUUCGAUAAUCGUAACGAGCGGAGACGAGGAGACCGACGACAAGACUUCCGCCCUGAACGUCGGCGAGAUCGUACCCCCGAGCCGAAGAAGCAACCCAAGAUCAUGACUCGAAUGAAGCCACGCCCUAGUCUGCCCGAAGAAUUCGCUAAAUCCGAUUCAGUCUAUCACCGAAAGCCUGGUAAUGAGUCUGUUAUCGGUGCUGGUACUUACGGAAAGGUCUUCAAGGCUAUCCAUGUCUAUACUCAGAACAAGGUGGCAUUGAAAAAGAUCCGAAUGGAGGGCGAAAAGGACGGCUUCCCCGUCACCGCCGUUCGAGAGAUCAAAUUACUUCAACACCUACGCAAUUAUAAUGUGGUCAGUCUGUUGGAGGUGAUGGUAGAGCGGAAUGAAUGCUUCAUGGUGUUCGAAUACCUCUCUCAUGAUCUUACCGGACUUAUCAACCACCCAACUUUUACACUUACCCCCAGUCACAAGAAGGACCUUGCGAAACAGAUGUUCGAAGGGUUAAACUAUCUCCACCAUCGCGGCGUUUUACAUCGUGACAUCAAGGCGGCCAACAUUCUCAUCAGUAAUCGAGGACUGUUGAAGUAUGCCGACUUCGGUCUCGCUAGAUUCUUCUCGAAAAGCCGCCAACUGGAUUACACGAACCGUGUCAUCACCAUAUGGUACCGGCCGCCGGAGCUUCUGUUGGGUGAGACUAGGUACGGGCCAGCGGUCGAUGUCUGGAGUGCAGCCUGCGUCUAUGUGGAAAUGUUCACGAAAAAGGCGGUUUUCCCCGGAGAAGGAGGUGAAAUCAGUCAGCUCGAAAAGCUGUACAAUUCGUUGGGAACCCCGACGCGGGUCGACUGGCCGGACAUUGCCGAGAUGCCUUGGUUUGAACUGAUGCGGCCGACGGAGCGCAAAAAGCGUGUCUUCGAAGAGGUAUAUGGUUCGGUCUUGUCCCCGGCGGCUCUCGACUUGGUGUCUCAGGUUUUCCGCUACGAUCCUGCCAAGCGACCAACGGCGGAGGAGAUCUUGCAACACCCUUACUUUGUCUCCGAGGAGCCCGCCCCGCAGCAGGCCAUCGACUUGGAGAACAUCGAAGGCGACUGGCAUGAAUUCGAAUCGAAAGCCUUGCGCAAAGAGAAAGACCGAGAAGCUCGUCGCGCUGAGUACCAGAAAGACAAGGAGAAACGGAAAGGCGCCCCGUCGGUUCCUCAGAGCGAACGAGAUCCUAAGCGCGUCAAGUCCGAUGCCGCCGAGCUGUGA